AUGCCGUGAACUGCUGCCAUGACGGAGGAGCGGGUGCCGCAGCUGGUGGACUAUUUUGUGGUGGCCGGCUUGGCGGAUACCUCCAAGCCGCUCGAAGAUGAAAACCAGCCGCCCCGGCCGUCCCGACCCAGCGAACCCAUCAGUGAUGUGGCGGUCAUCAUCCGCUCUCAGGGCGAGGAGGUGCCCCAUGGCUUCACGUGCAUCGAGCGCACGACGUCGGGGAACCCCGUGGAGCUCAACGCCGGCCUGCUCAACAACCCCCAGAUGUACAUCUGCUACAAACGGGGGCGGGACAAGCCACCCAUUGUCGAGUUGGGGGUCCACUAUGAUGGGAAGGACCGCCCCAAGACGGGCCACAAAAUCAUCGACACGACUCCCUACAGCCGCUCGGCCAACCUGACCUCUGGAGGCCCCGGCCACCAGCGCACCUUCCUGACCUACAGGCGAGCCAGCGAGGGCCAAGGCUACAGCACGCUGGGCGUCACCGACAUCUGUCUCAUCAUGCCAAGCAAAGGGGAGAGCACGCCCCACACGUUCUGCCGUGUGGACCGGAACCUCAACGCCGGCAUGUGGGGCCCGGCUCUCUUUCUUUGCUACAAGAAGGCUCUGGCCAAAGGGAACACCCUGGUGUAUGAAGCAGGUCUCCUCAGCCGCUAUCCUGAAGAGGACGUAGAGAGCUUUCCCCUGCCUGAAUCCGUGCCUGUCUUUUGCUUGCCCAUGGGGGCCACCAUCGAGAGCUGGCCAGCCGACACCAAGUACCAGCUUCCUGUCUUCUCCACCUUUGUGCUGACCGGGGCCUCGGGGGACAAGGUGUACGGCGCUGCUAUCCAGUUCUACGAGUCCUUCCCCCGGGAGCUCCUCUCCGAACGGCAGUGCCUGUGGCUGAACCUCCUCACUGUGGUCGACCGACGCCCCAUCACCAGCAAGUCGGUGCAGACCCGCAAGAGCAUCUGCGUCUUGUCGCACUGGCCCUUCUUCGACGUCUUCCGCAAGUUCCUCACUUUCCUCUACCGGUACAGCAUCUCGGGCCCCCACGUCCUCCCGCUUGAGGCACACAUCUCUCACUUCAUGCAUAAUGUCCCCUUCCCAUCUCCGCAGAGGCCCCGGAUUCUGGUUCAGAUGUCUCCUUAUGACAACUUGCUCUUAUGCCAGCCUGUUUCUUCACCGCUGCCACUGAGCGGUGCCAGCUUCCUGACCCUUCUGCAGACGCUGGGCCCCGAAAACGCCGUCGCCCUCCUCGUGGCGGUCCUCACGGAGCAGAAGUUACUCAUCCAUUCUCUGCGGCCGGAUGUCUUGACCAGCGUAGGUGAAGCCCUGGUCUCGAUGAUUUUCCCCCUGCGCUGGCAGUGCCCGUAUAUCCCCCUGUGCCCACUCACCCUGGCCGACGUACUGUGCGCCCCGGUGCCCUUCAUCGUGGGCCUCCACUCCAGCUACUUUGACCUCUACGACCCGCCUCAUGACGUCAUCUGCGUCGACCUGGACACCAACACCAUCUUCCAGAGUGAAGAACGGAAGCUGCUGUCUCCGCGGUCCCUGCCCCGGAAACCCUGCAAGGUGCUGUUGGCAUCACUGCAGUCCCAGUUCCAGCAGCUGGAUGAAAUGUACAAUCGGCCAGUAGAGGAAGCGUCUCUGGAAUUUCUGCUGACUGACUACGAUGUCAUCUACGGGCGGCGCAAGCAGCUGGAGCUGGACAUCCAGGCUGCCUUCCUUCGGUUCAUGGCCUGCCUCCUGAAGGGUUACCGCUCCUAUCUCCGGCCCAUCACCCAGGCACCCUCCGAGAAGACCCGUGACUCCAGCAACCUCUUCUACCUCCAGGGCUUCCUGAAAUCGAGAGACCGGGCCUACCACAAAUUCUACGGACAGCUCUUGCGCACCCAGCUUUUCACGCAGUUCAUUGAGGAAUGCUCAUUUGUCAGCGACCGACACACCUUUCUGGAGUUUUUCGACUCAUGCGUUGAGAAGGUGCAGGUGGAUCUCGAGAAGCCGGAAGAAUCUCCCCUGAUGGAACUGGAUGACUCCCACGGCAGCGAGCACACCGUGUUCAUCAUGCCCCCGGAGGAGCCGACGGCACCCGACGGGUCUGAGCUGCCCCCACGGUACAAGUACGACGGUUUCCCCGUGCUGCAGGCCAAGCUCUUUGAGCGCCCCCAGGACCAGCUGAUGCCCUCGCUCUGCCAGGCUCGGAGCAGCGCCCCCAGCAGCCCGGCACCACGCAGGACCAAACAGGAAAUGAAGGUAGCCCAGCGUGUGGCGCAGAAGUACUCGUCGGUGCCGGACAUGUGGGCCAAAUGCCUUCUGGGGCACUGCUACGGCCUGUGGUUCAUUGCUCUGCCAACCUAUGUGCGUGCAGCAGCCUCCAAGGUGCGGGCCCUGCAGACGGCGUACGAGGUGCUCAAGCAGAUGGAGACCAAGAAGGUGGUGCUGCCGGACGAGGUUUGCUACCGGAUCCUGAUGCAGCUGUGCGGGCAGUACGGAGAGCCUGUCCUCUCAGUGCGGGUCCUGCUGGAGAUGAAACGAGCCGGCAUUGUGCCCAACACCAUCACCUACGGUUACUACAACAAGGCCAUUUUGGAGAGCAAGUGGCCCUCGAGUACUCAGGGGGGCCGUCUCCGCUGGGCCAAAUUACGCAACGUCGUGCUGGGGGCGGCCCAGUUCCGGCAGCCAUUGCGCCUACGCCAGCAAGAUGUGGAAGUGCAGAGCAUCAGUGCCCAGUCGGAGGGUGGCAGAAGCGCAAAGGCACCAGCCCCCCGGUCCAGAUCCAGCCUGCAGCGGCAAACAACAUGGUCUGGGUGCAGCUUACGUGAGAGUUUGCCAUCGACGUCUCUGGUGAAGAGUGGCAGCCUGAGCUUCCCUCAACAUGAGGAGGCCUCAAUAGUGGAAGCUGGCAUGGCCCAUGCAACCAAGGCACUGAGCGGCCUGGAUCCUAGCAGUGACACGCUCCCAGCUGUGCCCUCCUGGUUACGGGGCCUGAGGGACGGGCCUGGAAGCUCUGAGGAUGGGAGCCUGUCGGACGUCAGCAGCUUCCUGACAGACGAGAGCGACCGCUUGACCCUGAGUAGCGUGGAUACCCAGUCGGAAGCCGCCAAGUCGGGGCUGAGCCAGGCGUCUGAGAACCAUGGGGGUGGCACGCCCCGCAGGAGUCUGGCUGCCAAACUGCAGCAGCUGCUCUCCCCCAUGAAGCGGCCCUCCCUCAGGCACACCACCAGCGUGGAGCGCUCCCACACACGCCGUGGGUCAGAGCCGCGUGAGCCCCCACCUCGCCGCAGCCCCCUGGAGAGUCAUUUGUUGCUUCCCCGUGAACGGCCAGGCUCCACGGCCUCUGAGAGCUCCGUAUCCUUGGGCAGUGAAUACGAUCUCUCGGACACUUCUGUGUGCAGUUUCAACCUCCGCAAAUCCAGUGACCGGCUUUCAGAAUCCCCAGCUGUUGAGGUGCUGCUGUCCAGCUGUUCACGGUGCCAAGCCUGUAGUUUGUUGGUGUACGACGAAGAGGUGAUGGCCGGCUGGAGCUCCGACGACUCCAACCUCAACACCACCUGCCCCUUCUGCGCCCGCCUCUUUGUGCCCUUCCUGAGCAUCGAGAUCCAGGAUUUCCAAGCCCUGCCCAGCAUCACAGACAGCUCUGAUACCAGCUCCGUCUCCUCCGACUGGCCACGAGACAGCGAAGCGCCAGCCCCAGGGGGGCAGGGCCCUGUGCUCAGCGACCGAUAUCACUGCCUGUCCCUGGAUGAAGCCGAACCAGAACCUGAGAAGGAAUCCAGGGCUGGCUCACUAUGCAACGGCUUUGCUGAGCCCCUGGCCCCUCGAGGCCCCGCCCCUCACGUGGAGCACAUGACCUUCGCCUACCUGAGCCCCUUGGUGCUGCGCAAGGAACUGGAGACCCUGCUGGAGAACGAAGGAGGCGACUUCCUCUCCCAGCCGGAGCUGGUGGACAACCAUCCCAUCAUCUACUGGAACCUGGUGUGGUACUUCCAGCGCCUCGGCCUCCCCAGCAGCCUGCCCCAGCUGCUCCUGGCUUCCAAGCACGUCCAGGUCACCACCCAGGGCUUGAGCCAAGAGGGACCUUUGGUAAACGUGCGUUUGCUGUGGGACGUCCUGAUGCCAGAUCCUGACAGCUUUCCCCCACUCUACGUCCUCUGGAGGUUCCAUAGCAACAUCCCGACACGAUUGCAGUCCUGGCGGCGACAUAACCACCCCUUCUCGCUGUCCUUUCUGGAGGCCGUGCUGACCUCCGUCGGGGUGGGCGAGAUGCACAAGGCGAUCGCCCUCUUCUUGGAGACGGUGGCUGGGCAGCCCAACCCGGCCUACGUGCAGAGGAGCGUAUACCGGGAGAUCCUCUUCCUGAAGCUGGUGGCGCUGGGCAGAGACCACGUGGACAUUGUGGACUUCGAUAAGAAGUACAAGUCGGCCUACUCCAAGCUCGCCAGCAGCCUGGGCAAGGAGAGCCUGAAGCAGCAGCGGGCGCAGCCGCUCACCUCCAAAGCCAUCGACUGCCGCAAGAGCUUCGGAGCCAACCUGGAGUGCUAGCGGAGGACUGCCGUUGUCUCUGCACGAUGCCUGCCCACCCCGGCCCGGCAUGAUUCCCACCGCCCAGGAAUAACCCAGGACAGAACUGGAAAUGAUACCAAAUUGGGGGGGAGGGGGGGCGGAGGGGGACAAUGGCACCAGCAGUGCCCUCUUGUGACCGGUGGCAUGUAGGGAAGCCAUCCGCUCUAGGCGGGGAUGUCCGGAGCCUCCACCCCCCUAGGGGGUAGGGAACAGGGCCAAGCAGGUCCCUCUAGGGCAAGGGUUUCUUCCUGGACCUCCUUUUGGCGCUAACCUUCCUGUAUUAAUGGCGGGGGUGGGGAGUCAGGUCUUUUUGGUAGAGCGGCUAUCUGCGGUCAAUGACCGUGGCAGAAUAGGUGGGCGGGUCUCGGGGACCACGUGUAUAUUCAGGGUCGGAGUGGGUAUGGCUUCUAGCCCCGCCCUCCCCAGCACUGCACUCUGCACGUGCAUGCCACGCCCAGGCCCCGCCCCUACCCGCACCACCGCCACCCCCCCUACCUCCAACCCGGGUCACUCUCCUAGAAUUGUCUAUUUUCGUGCAGUGUUAUUCCCGGAAGGUGGUCGGCCAGCCCUCUGUCGAUUACAGCCCUCCCCUCCGGUCCCAACCCCCCCACUCCCCCCGAUCACGGCCAAGUUAAUUUGGGAGCGGGCCGCCUUCCCCGCUCCCCCACCGAAGUUGGUUUAUUUUUUUACCAGUCAGUGUUUAACAAAAGGAAAAGAAAAAAAGCUAUUUUAUAAUUUAUUUAUUACCGAGCCCGUUUUUUUUUUUUCCUCCCCCUUCGGCGUCUGUUCUCACUUGUGUUGCUUGUGCUGAAACCCUAAAGACGGCCAGCCCUGGAAGUGGUAAUGAGGCGGGGGUGGAGGGGGGAGAGACACUGCCCUCUUCACUUCGCUCUUUCCUCCGGUUCCUACUCGGUUCCAACCGCGGGCAGGGGGGCAGCCUGUUGUAGAGACAUUUUCUUCCUGGUGCUCCGGGCUGCUCGGUAGGAGGGAGCGAAGUAGGGAAGUGAACUGGAGGGGGGGGGGUGCCACAAGGUUGCCCAGGGCUCUCCUCCGCCUCCAUUUUUUUUUUUUGCCAGGGCUCAGAUUGUGCAAUAUGGAGUCGCGUCUCCGUCCAACACACCCCCUCCCUGCCGUGGUUGCGUUCCUUUGUUCGUUUUGUUUCAGUGUUUCUUGGUUCUGUAAAUAAAGAUGCUUCUGUAUUUUCUCUG